ACACAAUGCGGCGAGUGGUACGACAGAGCAAGUUUCGGCAUGUAUUUGGACAAGCAGUGAAAAACGACCAGUGCUACGAUGACAUCCGGGUUUCUCGCGUGACCUGGGAUAGUUCCUUUUGCGCUGUCAAUCCCAGAUUUGUUGCCAUAAUCAUAGAAGCGAGUGGAGGGGGAGCCUUCCUUGUACUCCCUCUGCACAAGACUGGUCGAAUUGACAAAUCCUACCCAACAGUCUGUGGCCACACUGGACCAGUGCUGGAUAUAGACUGGUGCCCACACAAUGAUCAGGUCAUUGCCAGUGGUUCGGAGGACUGCACGGUUAUGGUGUGGCAGAUUCCAGAAAAUGGACUCACCCUUUCCCUGACUGAACCUGUGGUGAUCUUAGAAGGCCACUCCAAGAGAGUUGGCAUCGUGGCCUGGCAUCCGACAGCACGCAACGUACUUCUUAGUGCAGGCUGUGAUAAUGCCAUCAUCAUCUGGAAUGUGGGGACAGGCGAAGCCCUCAUAAACUUGGAUGACAUGCAUUCAGACAUGAUUUACAAUGUGAGCUGGAACCGGAAUGGCAGUCUGAUCUGCACAGCUUCCAAAGACAAGAAAGUGAGAGUAAUUGACCCCAGGAAACAGGAGAUUGUUGCUGAGAAGGAGAAAGCACAUGAAGGAGCUCGGCCCAUGAGGGCCAUCUUCCUGGCAGACGGCAACGUCUUCACCACUGGCUUCAGCCGCAUGAGCGAGCGGCAGCUGGCGCUCUGGAAUCUGAAAAAUAUGCAAGAACCAAUUGCUCUUCAUGAAAUGGACACAAGCAAUGGGGUAUUGCUGCCUUUCUAUGAUCCUGACACCAGUAUCAUUUACUUAUGUGGAAAGGGUGACAGCAGUAUCCGCUAUUUUGAGAUCACGGAUGAAUCCCCGUAUGUCCACUACCUCAACACAUUCAGCAGCAAGGAGCCUCAGAGAGGGAUGGGUUACAUGCCCAAGAGGGGACUUGAUGUUAACAAAUGUGAGAUUGCCAGAUUCUUCAAGCUUCAUGAGAGAAAGUGUGAGCCUAUUAUCAUGACUGUUCCCAGGAAGUCUGACCUUUUCCAAGAUGACUUGUAUCCUGACACAGCAGGGCCCGAAGCUGCCCUGGAGGCAGAAGAGUGGUUUGAGGGAAAGAAUGCUGAUCCGAUCCUUAUCUCCUUGAAGCAUGGAUACAUUCCAGGCAAAAACAGGGAUCUAAAAGUAGUCAAGAAGAACAUUCUAGACAGUAAGCCUGCUGCAAACAAGAAGUGUGACCCGAUCACUGCCCCCAAGAAAACCACAGACACGGCCAGCGUGCAAAAUGAAGCCAAGUUGGAUGAAAUUUUAAAAGAAAUCAAAUCUAUUAAAGACACAAUCUGCAAUCAAGAUGAGCGUAUUUCCAAAUUAGAACAGCAGAUGGCGAAGAUAGCAGCCUAAAGGUCCCACCCCCACCCCUCCAAAAAAAAAAAAAAUGGGAG